AUGUUCCAUGUAUUACUCUGUAGCACCUUCUUGAGAGGCAUCUUAAGCCAAGACCCAAUCGGAGAUCUCAAUUGUACAUAUGUAAGCGAAGGACAGCCAAAGUUUUCACAUAAAGCUACAAACUGUGCAAAUCGAUUCGAUGAGAACUACUGUAUCAGUCUUUUCGGAGAUCCUGUAGAAGUGGAUUCAGCGGAAGACAGAAGCGAGCUGUGCUAUAAGAAUGGGUUUUUGGAAACAAGCGAAGAUGUGAAGCACCUAGCCAGCGAAACUUGUCCAGCUACGUGUGGAUACUGCUGCAUCACUCGUGCUUUCAGCUGCUCCAAUGCAAAAUCUCCCCGUGUCUCUUGUGAUAUAGUUACUCCACUCAUGUGUGUAGAUCCGUUCUGGAAACCUAUCCUUAUUGAAGACUGCCCGAACAUUUGUGGAUUCUGCGAACUGGGAUGCUUCGACAGGGCACAUUUCUGUGCUCGGGAUGUCUCAAUUUGUUGGCACCCCGACAUGAUAGAAUUUGCCAAGGAAAACUGCAGGAGGACAUGCAAUUACUGCACAUUUACCGGCGACUGUGGUCCUGAUCAUCCAUACUGCGUACAUUGGGUCAGGAACAACUUCUGCAUCAACCCUUUCUACACGACGCAACAAAAAAGAACGUAUUGUCCUCGAAGUUGUAAAUUAUGCUAA